AUGGUACAUCCCGGUAGAGCUCUUCCGGAUGCAAGAGAUGCAUGGAUGGGUCGGCCAGUCCGACCGACUCGACCCAGGGCGGUGAUGGGCGUUACGAUGGCAAAUCCCAGAGAGGAGCCUCCGGCAUUCUCCGAGCUGGAUGAGAGCCUCCGUGCUGCCCUGCGCUUCCUUGCGUAUGAGUGCACGGAUCCUGGUCCGGUUCCCGAGGGCCCAGCGCUCCUGCCACGGUCGGAGACGCUGCACCUUGAAGCAGCUCCUCUUGAUUCUGCGACGGCAGCUAUGGCGCAUGGCUUGCAGGAGUGCUUGGAAUCCGAGUCCACCACGCCACGGCUCACAGUGGUCUUGGAUCUGGACGAGACGCUUUCGCACUGCCGCCUGGAGCCCCUCGAGAGCCUCAGGCCAGACUUCUGCGUGCAGUUCGAGGAAUCUAAGGCAACCGGUUACGUCUACGUGCGGCCGCAUGCACGGCUCUUCUUGGAGGCUGCCGCACGGCUCUUCGAGGUGGUUGUGUUCACGGCUUCCUCGAAGUCUUACGCCGACCAGGUGCUGGACCAGCUAGAUCCCGGUCACCAGUGCAUCUCCACCCGCCUCUACAGGCCGCACUGCGUGGAGCGCUCGGGGGCCUUCCUGAAGGAUCUCCGGCGGAUGGGCCGGCGGAUGGAUCGGUGUUUGCUUGUGGACAACUCCCCCGUCUCCCUGGCGCUCUGCCCGGACAACGCCAUCGUCUGCUCCAGCUGGACGGCCGAGGACCCCCUUGACGAGGAGCUCCUGGAGCUGCUGCUGCUUCUGCAAACAUGCGACCUGGAGGUGUCGGUCCCCAAGUUCCUGGGCCGACGCUACGGCCUGCGAGCCUUGGUGGAGCUGCUGCGUCGCCGCCCCGAUCUGCUGGAGUGA